ACAAGUGGACACUCUCAGUGACCUGCAGAUCCCAGCCAUGUCUCUGGAAUAGUUCUGACAAAGCAGAUCUUUGAGUCCUCUUGUGGAUUUUAUCGCCAUCAUCAAGACAGAGAUUAAACCUUCAUCCACGUGUGGAGGAUGUUUUAAUGUCUCUGGACAGAGAAGGACUGUUCUGACAAGUUCUGGACCUGAAACUUUGUGAAGGUGAAAUUUCUUAAGACUUUAAAUCAGCUGAGCUGAAAAUGGACAGCGUGUCAUCUGGUGACCAGCUUCUCCAUGUGGACCUCCUCAUUGAUGAGCAGGAACCUCGGAGAGGAAUCCUGGAGCUCCUCAGCCGACUCCGUCCUCACUGGAAGGCACAGGACAUUCAGAUGAAGACGUUCACAGAGGGCAUCACCAACCAGCUGAUCGGCUGCUAUGUGGCGCCUCUGCAGGAACCCGGCUGCGUUCUGGUGCGACUGUACGGCAGAAUGACGGAGCUCUACGUCAAUAGGGACCGGGAGGUGGAGAUGUUCCAAGUCCUCCACGCCCACAGGUGUGGUCCCCAGAUCUACUGCAGCUUCCAGAACGGCAUCUGCUACGAGUUUGUGAGAGGGACGGUCCUGGACGAUGAUCUGCUGCGGCAGCCGUCCAUCUACAGAUUGAUCGCAGCAGAGAUGGGGAGAAUCCACUCCAUCCAGCCAAAGUGUGGUCGAACUGUUGAACCUUUUCUCUGGACCAAAAUGUCUCACUUUCUCACACUGGUGAAGAACAGCAGCAGCGGCGGCGGCCUGGCUGAGCAGCGCUGCACAAACAGUGACAGCGGGGGUUUCACCUCCUCCAGUCCGCUUUUCAGCUUUGAGACUUUGUCGGCUGAGAUGGAGUCACUGAAGAGACACCUCUCACAGAUCGACUCGCCGACCGUCCUCUGCCACAACGACCUCCUCACAAAGAACAUCAUCUACAACCACACAGAAGGAACGGUGAAAUUCAUUGACUACGAGUACGCCGAUUACAACUACCAGGCCUUCGAUAUUGGCAAUCACUUCAAUGAAUUUGCAGGUGUGAACGACGUGAACUACAGCCUGUACCCGAGCCGGGAGCUGCAGAGGGACUGGCUGACGGCCUAUCUGGAGAGUUACAAGCAGAGCUCAGGACAUGAGGUCACUGUGACAGAGGCAGAAGUUACGCAGCUCUACAUUCAAGUCUGCAAAUUCUCACUGGCCUCCAACUUCUUCUGGGGUCUUUGGGCCAUCCUGCAGUCACGCUUCUCCUCCAUCGACUUUGACUUCCAAAGAUACGCUACGGCACGACUCAACUUCUACUUUGAGAAGAAAGAGGAAUAUUUUGGAUUGACUAUAAUCUAGAAACAGAGGACCAAGGACCGGCAUUUUUUAAAUCAGACGCUGCAUCACUGCUCUGUGAGACCAAGAAGAUGUGGCAAACAUCAUAUAAUACUCCUGUACAGUGGAAACAAAGGCACAGACCGAGUGUAUACAUGUUCUCCCCCUGUGUGUUAUUGCAGGCUGUAGUGUGAGAUAAUAUGUUUUGCUAUCUCUGUGAUUUUUAGAAUAUUUGUUUGACCACAGUCAGUAUGCCGAUAAGCCUUUUUGGCAAAUUGAGCCAAAGCUGGUGCCAGAAACACAUUAAUUGUUCCCACAUUUAGCCGAGUCGCAUGAAGCCACAAAAACUGAGCCUGAUCAUAAAACCCAUAAGAGGCUUAUUUGCAUGCUUAUUCAGUGUGCACCGCAGCUCUGAUGGAAAACAACUUUCUAGUUCAACUUAUUUACUGGACCCAGCGGUGCAUUAUUUUAACUGGCUCUCUGUCCUCUACACUAUUGUUGUAAAACCUGACAGGAUGUUCUCACACUAAAUCUCAAUUUUUGUUGACUUAUUUAAGUGUUUAAAACAGUAUCUGAUUCUGAAUGAGCUCUGUGCAGUUAAUAUAUGAAUCAUAUCACAAAUCAGUCUGUAUUGUAGCAGCUAUAGUGAAAUACUCAGCAUCAGACAUUUGUUAGAAAUAUUCACUGUAAAAAUCAUCUGUGCUCAGUGACUGACUCAAAGUGCUGUUACCUGACGUUAACAGAACAAACUCUGCAGCAGCUUAUUGAAUUAAUAACAGGUGGGUUUGAUGAGCUGGUGCUACUGAACUAAAACACUGUUAUUAAUGAUUUUAUUCCAAAUUAAACUCACACAUGAAUUCAAUGAGCUGCAACUGGUUUCUGUUAAUGACAAGUUUCCUUUGGCUCUCCUACAUCAAAUACAUACAUGAAUAUGUUUAAGCAAUAUAUUUAUUAUUCAUAACUUAUAGCCGACAACUAUAAAACCUUUUCACACAGAGAUGGCGCUAUAGAGCUGCUGAGAAGUCCCUUCUUUGUGCCUCCUUUGUAUUAUUACACAGAACCAAACGACGGCGGCAUCAUGUGGCUCCAGUGUGUGAUUUGAUACAGCGUGAUGACAUCAUAGAAUCAGAAGGGGUGUGAGGUGUAACUAUGCAGUGUGUGAAGGCACCAGGUGAAAUCAAAGAGUCUCCAGUCAGUGACCGUCUGAGAACUGACAGCAGGAGAGACAUGUUGGCAUCCAAAACAACUUGUUCUCCAACGCCAAGUUAUGUUUCAGGGAGCAGACUCUGUGUUUUCUGAUGCUAUUGAUAUUUGAUUUUGGUAACCAUGAGUGGGUAUAUUUUGUCUCCUCUCCAAAACCAGAGGUCAGAAUGUGACCCGUCAGUCAGCCAAGUCUUCUUCAUCUCAAACAUUUAUCUGUCUGAUCAUGAAAUGUAAGAAAUGAGUGUUUUUCUUUGAUUAUAAAUCACAAAUAAAACAAUA